AUGCAGCCCUCCUUCUUGCACCCGGAGCUGCACUUCCAGGGCCAGGUGCCGCCCAUCCCCUCUCCGGGCCGCGGCGAUCCGGCGGGGCCGUCCGUCGAGGCUCUGCGGACCGCGCUGGACGGCAUCGAGGAGGCCGUGCGGCGGCGCACGGAGAGCGUCCUGGCCACGGGCCAGGGGGACUGGGCACACGGAGGCGGGCCGCAGGACCUGGAGGAGGCGAGGAGGAAGUUCAGGGAGGUGAAGAUCCAGUGGCAUGAGGCGCACUCGGGCUGGGGGCAGGCCAUUGCCAAUGGGGCGCCCACAGGUGAGGAGGAGAGCAUUCUGGCACAACUUGGUGAGGUGGUGGGUCCACGAGAGGAGCUGAAUGCCGCCAAAUCGAGGUUAUCAGAUCAGCGCAACGAGGUGAUGGCAGCGUUGGAGGAGCAGCUCAACCUUCUUGAGGGGGUGGAGCGGGAGGUGGGCAAGGGUCGGGCAGUUUUGCGAGCGAUGCUGGAAGCACCUCGGGGAGAUUCAGGGCGUGACCUGGAGGCACUGGCAAAGAGGCAGCGUGAGCUGCAGGCGGAGCUGGACAGGAAGCUAAAGGUUGGAGUGCACCUGACCUCCCAAGCGCAGCAGACGGAGCAGAGGGGUCAGCACCUGCUGGAGGAGCUUGACAGAGACAACAGCAAGCUGAGCAACCUGGCCACCCAGAAGGAGCACCUGCUGGCCAUGGCGCGCGACAAGCAGCAGGCCAUCGCCAAAGCAGAGCAUCGCCACAGGGAGGCGGUCAAAUAUGGGGACAGAAUCACAUCUGUGGUCAACUCUCUGUGUGGGCAGGAGCUCGUGGCCGUGAGGCAGGACUGUGUGCAGAUUAGACUUGUCACCAGCCUGGUGGACAAGGAGAACGUGACACCAUCGUUUGUGGAGCAUUUACUAGAGGUUUCCCUGGAUCCUGUUUCCUGCGCUGUGAGGAGUGCCCGAUUGCAGCCUGCAGACGUGGAUGUUUCCAACGUGGAGGGAGGACCAGGGGACCUGAUGGCACUUGUGGCGAGGGUCUCACGGAAGGUGCGAUUGGCAGUGACUGCCCGGGAUGGGGUGAUGCGCACUUAG